AUGCUUCUCAGUCGAACCCGAUCAAACGCGGCCGGCCACAUCGCUAUUGACGAUGGACUCAAGAAACAAGUGACAUCUCCAAAUGUCGGGGACGACGGCAGAUUCGAGCUGUGCUUUCAUGAAGACGCCGCAAGCCUUGCGACUUGGUGUAAGAACCUCCAAGAGACGUCAAAACGAGUGCAGACAGGUCCUUGCGCUGGUCGUGGUAUCUGUAGACGAAAGUCGACGGGUGGUUUCUGUCCGCCGCUGAACAUCGCCAUGCUCAUUGUCGGUUCUCGCGGGGAUGUUCAGCCGUUCAUACCAAUCGCCCAACUGCUCUCCAAGCCGCCCUAUGGACAUCGAGUGCGUAUCUGUACGCAUCCCGCCUUCAAGGAUUUUGUCGAAUCGCAGGGCGUCGAGUUCUUCAACAUUGGCGGCGAUCCCGAGGCCCUGAUGUCGUACAUGGUGAGGAAUCCAGGCCUGGUUCCCAACCGCAAAAGUGUCAGAGCGGGUGAUAUCGGCAAGAGAAGGGCAGAGAUGUGGGAAAUCAUCAACCGUGCCUGGAGAGGCUGCAUAGAGGCGGGAAACGGAAUGGGGGAUCCGGUUCGGGCGACGGAUGUUGAGAAUGUCGAGGAUCUCUUUCUUGCAGAUGCGAUCAUUGCCAACCCGCCAUCCAUCGCCCAUAUACACUGCGCCGAGAAGCUGGGGAUCCCGCUGCACAUGGUCUUUACUAUGCCAUUCUCUCCUACCACUGCGUUUCCUCACCCACUGGCUUCCAUGAACUACAGCGGCGCCGAUGCCAAAACCGCCAAUUACCUGUCCUUUAUCAUGAUGGAGCUGUUGAUGUGGCAGGGUCUUGGAGAUUUAAUCAACAAAUUCCGCCGCCAGAAACUCGGCCUUGAUCCGAUCAGCGUCAUGUGGGGAUUUCAACUUCUCUCCAGACUGCGGGUGCCUUUCACAUACCUCUGGCCCGAAUCUUUAAUACCGAAGCCUCCCGACUGGGGCUCACAUAUCGAGGUCGUUGGGUAUUCGUUUUUGCCGCUUGCGAAGUCCUACAAACCUCCUCCCGACUUGACGGAGUUCCUCGAAAAAGGGCCGAAGCCAAUAUAUAUCGGAUUUGGGUCUAUCGUGGUAGAAGAUCCUGACGCAUUCUCAGACCUCAUCUUCAAAGCUGUCAAGAUAGCGGGAGUCCGUGCCAUCAUCAGCAGAGGGUGGAGUGGUGUCGGAGACAAAUGCAGGAUCACGGAAGAUGUCUAUCUAAUCGACAAUUGUCCACACGAUUGGCUCUUUCAACAGGUCUCGGCAGUUGUCCAUCAUGGUGGCGCUGGAACAACGGCCGCCGGCAUUGCGGCCGGUCGACCCACGGUCAUUGUCCCGUUCUUCGGCGACCAGCCAUUCUGGGGGCAGAUGAUUGCUCGCUCUGGAGCCGGACCAGAUCCUAUUCCGUUCAAAUCACUGACAGCUGAAAAUCUGGCCGAGAGCAUAUCUGUUGCGUUGAUGCCAAGCGUCCAAGAAGCCGCAAAACGAAUGGCAGAGGAUAUAGCCGAUGAAAACGGCGCAGAAGCAACGGCCAAGAGCUUUCAGGAUCAGAUUGGAUUAGACCAAUUCGAGUGCGAGAUUUGUCCGGGUCGAUUAGCCACACACCGACAUAAGAAAUCGGGAACACGGUUGAGCGGACUGGCUGUCGCCUGUCUUGUCGAUCGUGGACUCAUACAGCCUCCAGAGCUUGAGCUCAUCCGGCGCAAGAACUGGUACGUCGACGAAGGUGCUGAACAUCCCCUCGUCGGCCUGGCAGCUGCCUUCACUGGCCCUAUGAUGGACAUCGCGACGGCCACUUUCGACUACUCCCAUGCGUUGCGGUAUCGACCAAAGCACACAAAACUAGAAGAUAGAAGGCCGUCAUGGAUAGACCCGUGGGUCGCAGAUAAAGUGACGAUUGGUUCGGUAGGCAGCGAUGGAACUUCACCAAACCGUCGGAUCAAUCCGACAACCUUCUCUACAAGGGAGAUGGAGCUGUACGCUCACAAGAUCGCGAGAAAGUCGAUCAAGACGAACAACGCCGAUAUUGAUACAUUGGUUCGCCAGCCAUCGUUAUACGACAAGCAAAAGGCCGCCUGGCAUGCUCGCGAGAGAGGUCGAAACGGUCACCUGUUUUAUCUUACACGAGCAACGGGUCGGUACGCCGUCGAGCUCACCAAGGUCGGCCUAAAAACCCCCGUAGCGUUCUUCUACAACAUCGCCAACGGAUUCCACAACUACCCCUCAUGUGGCUACGCUGGCGUUGAGGUUCGUCGUCGAGACCAGAUCGUCGACUUAGAAACAGGCCUCGUGGCGGCUGGCAAGGAGUUCACGCUGGGCAUCUGGGAUGCGUUCAGCGGGGUGGUCAUCUUCCCUUAUAAGAGUGUCCAUGAAGAAGGUGCGAAGGGCCUUGGAAAGGGCGUUUGGCGCGGCUCAAAGGGAUUUUUCUCCAACUUGGGUGCAUCUGCUUUUGGACUGCCCGGUUACACACUCAAAGGGUUGGAGAAAGAAUUGCAAAAGCAUCAUCUCACCAACUGUAAAGCCGAGAUCAUCCUCAUCAGGCUACGUCAAGGCAUUGAAGCCUUUCGCAGAGCCACUCCUCAGGAAAGAGACGAAGUAAUCAGGCGGUGGAAUGCACGCAAUUGCCCACAAAAGCAGCCGUAA